AUGGGCGGAGUAACGUACCAGCGGCUGCUCUCGCAGGGGAGCCAGAGCCAGAGCCAGCGUCCGCGUGGCGGCGGCGGGGGAGUGCGGGCGAGGGCGUGGGUGCUGCUGCGGUGGGCGGCCGUGCGCCUGAGCUGCGCGACGAGGCGGCGGUACUGGUGCGGCGGCGGCGCCGGCCGCGCGCGGAGGCUGGCGUGGCCGGGGCUCUGCGCAAGAGGCGCCGCGGCGGCCGUGGCCGCGCUGGAGAGGAAGGGCGGCGGCAGGAGGAGCGCGGCGGCGGGCGCGGCAGCCGGGACGGGGGCCGGGGUGGGGUACGACUCCGCCAGCUACGCGCGCAACUUCGACGACGGGGCGUGGAAGGCCGACGAGGGCGUGUCCUGGGCCGGCCCUGGCGGCGCGUUCUUCCCCCGCGCCAGCGUCGGCGGCGCGGCCGUGAACGCCGCCGGCGGUGACUCCGUUCCGAGCUCCAUCCACUAG